AUGCCGUACAGAACUCGUUUUGAUGGGAACAUCCGCUACAGGGACUACGGAUGCAGGACUGUGGUCAAUACAGGUGGUACCAGUUUCAAGUACCAUACGAUCAACCCGGGUGAGAGGGCUCCGGCACUCUGCCCACGCUGCUGGACGAAUCAUCCUCGGUGCAACCACAGGACAUACCGUUGCUACGUCACGAAUGCCAUUGGGCCAGGACGAUAUGAUGAGUUGUAUUUGUGUGAGGUACUGAAGCUUCACAAUGGGGUCUCAGGGCUGCAGUUGCGAAGAGGCGUGCUGUUCAGGGGGAUGCAGUGGCCAGCAGCGGGCGAACAUGUUUUCGAUGUAGCCGGAUUUCUCGAAAUUUCCAGCGCAGCUGGUGCCAUCGUUGAUCGCCAAGACAAUCACCGAUCGGGGCUGCUGAUCCAUGUCAGUCAUUUCAGCCUCAAAUGCGUCGUGAAUGCGUCGUGUGUAACAACAUUCAGCUCAUUCUUUGAUGUUGUACGUGGUAUCGAAGAAGAAUCCAAGCCCGAAGAAGUCCAGCAGGUGAGGUCGAAGAUUGUCGUCGCCAACGAAGCGAAGGAGCCGCGCGCCCGUGGCUGGAACGAGAGCCGUUGA